AUGGAGUUGGAAUGCAAGGUUCAGAAUUACGAAUGGGGAAAAAUAGGAUUGGAUAGCACAGUCGCAAAACUUAUUUCAAAUGCUAACCCAAGUCUCACAAUUAACCCCGAAAAGCCGUACGCAGAAUUGUGGAUGGGAACUCACCCUAACAGUCCUUCCCUUAUCAUAGACAGAGGCGUAUUAUUGUCGGAAUAUCUAGAGGAUAACCAUGAUGCAAUUGGCCCUGAAGUUAAAAGAAAAUUUGGCGUCACAAUUCCAUUUCUACUAAAAGUAUUGUCAAUACGCAAGGCAUUAUCUAUACAAGCACAUCCAGCGAAGGAUCAUGCGGAGCAGUUACAUAAAAGUUUCCCACAAAUGUAUAAGGAUCCAAAUCACAAGCCAGAGCUUGCAAUAGCACUAACACCUUUUGAAGCUCUUUGCGGGUUCCGACCGCUAUCAAAAAUACAGGACUUCUUAAAAAAUCUACCUGAACUCACUGAAAUUUUGCAUAAGGACAAUGUGAAUGCCUUUCUUGCCAUUGAAGAAGCUAAUCUGGGUCAAAGAGAAUUGAAACAAAUAUUUAAUUCAUUAAUGACAUGUGACAAAGAUGUCAUCAAAACUAGCUUGAAUAAGUUGCUUAUGAGGCUGGGAAGUGAAGGUGCAGAAUUAAAAUCGUUUCUUCUAUACCCUCUGAUAGAGAGACUUCAUGCCGAUUUCCCUGGUGAUGUGGGUUGUUGGUCGCCAUAUUUUAUGAACUAUUUGAUAUUACAUCCUGGUCAAGCAAUAUUUCUUAAGCCAAAUUUACCACAUGCUUAUUUAAGUGGAGAUUGUGUUGAAUGUAUGGCAUGUUCGGAUAAUGUUGUACGAGCAGGGCUGACACCUAAACAUAUUGAUGUGGCAACCCUCAUAGAAAUGUUAGACUAUAACAGUUACACAACACAGGAAAUGUUAUUCACACCACACCUUGAAGACCAGAACAGUUGUAUCUGGAAACCACCUGUACCUGAUUUUGCUGUCGUUAAAAUAAAAGUUGACAGUGGUGAUUACAACACCAUAGUGCGUCCAAGCCCUAGUAUUAUAAUUAUUAUAUCUGGCAAAGGAAAAGUUUGUGACACUGAACCCAUAGAAGUAAGACCUGGUGUUGUUGUGUUUCUUAAAGCAAGCCGACAAUUGACUAUAACACCAGCCAUAGGAUGCCAUAUUGAAGCCUAUCAAGCUAUAUGUAAUGUUUGA